UUUCGGGCAGCACCUUUACCCAGGCACGGGGGUUUCACCUGCAGUUCUUUCAACUAAGACCGCCCAUGAUGUCAUUCCUAGUUUUCACAGUGCUUAUGCUAGGUUUCAAAUGUGAAUCUGCUUCCUUGACCACUGAUUGUCUACAUUUGAGAAAGCAAUGUGUAACUUCUAUGGAUGGAUGUGAAGGUGUCUGGACAGUAAUUGAAGAUGUCUGCAAUGUUUCAGGUCACAACUGCACUGUGAAAGAUUCACUGAACUGCAACCUGAGCAUUCAGUUGCUGGCUGAUCGUUAUCCUACAUUUAAGGACUGCCUCUGUGCUGAGGAUAUUUCCUGUAGUGCCACAAAUUUACUUGGAUGGAAAUGUAUCAACACAGUUAAUAACCAAGAUGUCAAAUCACAAUGGAAUUCAACUACUCUUCUCCAGCAUGGAUUCAAGGGGACCCAAUCCUGUUUGGAAGUAACAGCGACUUGUGUUGGAGACACAGAGUGCAAUAAACAAUUGGCCAGAUUCCUGAAAGACUGUUCCACUCAUGGAAGUCUGUGCAAUAUGAAACAGUGCCAAGCAGCCAUACGGUUCUUCUAUCAAAAUAUGCCUUUUAACAUUGCCCAGAUGUUGGCUUUUUGCGAUUGCGCUCAAUCUGAUAUUCCUUGUCAGCAAUCCAAGGAAGCUCUUCACAGCAAGCCAUGUGCUGUUAACGUAGUUCCAACCCCAUCAUGCCUAAAUGUAAUUCACAGCUGCCGGGAUGAUGAAUUGUGCAGGGCAACGCUUUUGAAUACAGUUCAGUCAAAAUGCUGGCAGCGUAUGGGACAAUGCAGUGAUGAUGAGACUUGCAUGUUACCUAAGGCAAAGAGGAUAUAACUUGCUCCAGUAAAUGAUAAUGCAGAGAAGGCUUACAUUGGCACCUUAGGGACUUACCUUCACGUCCAGUGUACCUGCAGCACCCUUUCCCUAACUGAAGUUGCAAAACCCUCAGAUUCAGAGAGGCUUGAUGAUGGACAGUUCUGGUUUCUACAGCUUAAGAGGGACACAAAAGACUUAAAGAAGAGCCUCAGAAAUGAAUAA